CCCUUCUUAUUCUUUUCUUCCUUCACCAUGAGCGCUUCUAAGCCCGAACAAUCCUCCAAAAAACCAAGACCAAAGACAUUGGUCACUCACUUGGUAGCUGGUGGUGCUGCCGGUCUUAUUGAGGCUUGCAGUUGCCAUCCUUUGGAUACCAUCAAAGUCAGAAUGCAACUUUCAAAGUCGGGAGCUCGAAACGCUGCUGGAAAGCGACUGGGAUUCAUCGGUGUAGGAGCAAAGAUCGUACGAAAUGAAUCAUUUUUUGCCCUGUACAAAGGUCUCGGAGCUGUUGUCACUGGUAUUGUCCCCAAGAUGGCUAUUCGAUUCAGUUCGUUUGAAUACUACAAGUCAUUGUUGGCUGAUAGCAAUGGCAAGGUCAGCACCAGCUCUACCUUCUUUGCUGGUUUGAGUGCUGGUGUUACUGAAGCUGUGUUGGUCGUCACACCCAUGGAUGUGAUCAAAAUUCGUCUGCAAGCUCAGAAGCACUCCAUGACCGACCCUAUGGAUAUUCCAAAAUACAGAAACGCAUUCCACUGUGCAUAUGAGAUCGUCAAGCACGAAGGGUUUGGAGCUUUGUAUAAGGGUGUUGCCUUGACUGCUCUCAGACAAUCCACGAAUCAAGCUGUCAAUUUCACAGUGUAUCAAGAGAUGAAGAAAUAUGCUAUCAAAGCCCAACAAGUCGACGAACUGCCUUCAUAUCAACAUCUCAUUUUGGGUGGUGUGUCUGGUGCUAUGGGUCCCAUGUCCAAUGCCCCUAUUGAUACCAUUAAGACUCGUAUCCAAAAAAGCAACGCCAGCGGCUCUGGCUGGCAACGAUUCCAGACCGUCACCUCCGAAAUCAUCCAGAAAGAAGGUUACACUGCAUUCUACAAAGGCCUUACCCCACGACUUAUGCGUGUCGCUCCCGGUCAGGCUGUAACAUUUAUGGUUUACGAAAAAGUUAGAGGCUGGAUUGAUUUAUUCAAUGACAAGUGGGACGACGGUGAAGUGGUUGUUGCUGGCGUUAAGCUUGCCGACAGAUAACCUCCCAUACCACUCUCCCAUCCCAUCGCUGCCCGUUAACCUUUCACUUAUGCAAACAGCAUUGUACUAUAGUAUACAAAUUCAAUGUACCUCUAUCUCA